ACCAUGAAAUCAGAAAACCACACAGGUAUUUUGGAAUUUCUCCUUCUGGGCCUUUCAGAGGAUCAAAGACUACAACCCUUCCUCUUCUGGCUAUUCCUGUCUAUGUAUCUGGUCACUGUGCUGGGUAAUCUGCUCAUUAUCUUAGCUGUGAGCUUUGACCCCCACCUCCACAUCCCCAUGUAUUUCUUCCUCUGCAUCCUGUCUUGUGUUGACAUAUCUUGCACCUCCACUACAGUCCCCAAAAUGCUUGUGAACAUCCAGACAGUGAAUAAAGCUAUCAGCUUCAGAGACUGCCUUACCCAGGGAUAUUUUUUCCUGGCUUUUAUCUGUAUGGACAAUUUACUCCUGACUGUUAUGGCCUAUGACCGCUAUGUGGCUAUCUGCCACCCUCUGUAUUACACUGUCAUCAUGAACCCCCACCGCUGUGGCCUAUUGAUUCUACUCUCUUUGUUCAUUAGCACCAUGACUGCCCUGCUCCACAUUCUGAUGGUGUUCCAUCUGUCCUUCUGCACAGACCUGGAAAUCCCUCAUUUCUUCUGUGAACUUGCUCAGUUACUCAAGCUCUCCUGCUCUGAUACCCUCAUCAAUAACAUCCUUGUAUAUAUAGCGACUAGCCUGUUGGGUAUAGGUCCUCUUUCUGGGAUCAUUUUCUCUUAUAUGUGCAUUGUCUCCUCCAUCCUGAAAAUCCCAUCAACUGGUGGAAAGUAUAAGGCUUUUUCCACCUGUGGAUCCCACCUGUCUGUUGUUUCCUUAUUCUAUGGGACCUCUCUGGGGGUCUAUUUUGGCUCUGCAGCUAAUUCGUCCUCAAGUAUGAGAGCAGUGGCCUCAGUGAUGUACACUGUGGUCACUCCCAUGAUGAACCCCUUUAUCUACAGCCUGAGGAAUAGGGACCUGAAGGAAGCCUUGAGAACACUUGUCUCAGCAAUAUCUUCCUUUCUGUAA